AUUGAUUUAACUUUCUUUUUUUUUAUCCCCUCCAUGCAGUACCCCAUAAUGACAAAGCAACAACAGAUGAAGAAAUGGUUAAUUUAUUACAAAAACAAAUCACAUUUACAUAAAGUUCAGACCUUUACUCAGUACCUUUGUUUUAACACCUUUGGCAGCGAUUACAGCCUAGUCUUCUUGGGUAUGACACUAAAAGCUUGGCACCUGUAUUUGGGUAGUUUCUCACAUUCUUCUCUGCAGAUCCUCUGAAUCUCUUGUCAGGUUGGAUGGGGAGAGUCACUGCACAGCUAAUUUCAGGUCUCUCCAGAGAUGUUUGAGCCCGGGCCUCAGACAUUCAGAGACAAGUCCCGAAGCCACUCCUGCGUUGUCUUGGCUGUGUGCGUAGGGUCUUUCUGUUGGAAGGUGAACCUUCACCCCAGUCUGAGGUUUUGAGCAGGUUGUCAAAGAUCUCUGCGCAGUUCAGCUUUCCCUCAAUGCUGAGAAGUCUCCCAGUACCUGCCGCUGAUAAACAUCCCCACAGCAUGAUGCUGUCACCAGCAUGCGUCACCAUAGGGAUUGUGCCAGGUUUCCUCCAGAUGUGAAGCUUGGCAUUCAGGCCAAAAGGUUCAAUCUGGGUUUCAUCAGACCAGAGAAUCUCUCAUGGUCGGUCCUUUUGGACGCUUUUGGAGGCUUUUGGCAAACGCCAAGCAGGUGGUCAUGUGCCUUUUACGGAGUGGCUUCCGUCUGGCCACUCCACCAUAAAGGCCUGAUUUGGUGGAGUGCUGCAGAGAUGGUUGUCCUUCUGGAAGGUUCUCCCAUCUUCAGAUGAACAGUUGGGCUCUUGGUCAUCUCCCUGACCAAGGCCCUUCUCCCCAGAUUGCCCAGUUUUGGCUGGGCAGUCAUCUCUAGGGGGAGUCUUGGUUGUUCCAAACUUCUUCCGUUCAAGAAUGGAGGCCACAUUUCUUGGGCACCUUGAAUGCUACAAAAGUGUUGUUACCCUUCCCCAGAUCUGUCGCUCAAAGGCCAUUACCUGUGACCUCAUGGCUUGGUUUUUGAUCUGACAUGGACUAACAACAGUGGGAUUUUUUUUUUUAUAUAGACAGGUGUGCCUUUCCAAAUAAUGUCCAAUCAAUUGAAUUUACCACAGGUGGACUCCAAUCAAGUUGUAGAUACAUCCUCAAGGAUGAUCAAUGGAAACAGGAUGCACCUGAGCUCAAUUUCGAGUCUCUGGAAAAGGACCUUGAAAUAUCUGAAUGCCCACACUGGAAUUGUGUUCCUGCGCUGCCGGAAGAGCCACUACAGACUCAUCUGGUCUGCAUUGCCAUUCAUCACCAGUCUAGAGAACCGAGGGCAAAGAGUGCCAUGUUUUCUGAACUGUUUGCAUGUGGGAGGAACGAUCCGGACAUGUCAGAAAUUUCUGGUCCGAUACAAUACUCAGCAGCUCCACCGGAUGCUCCCCCUCUGUCAGAGUGAAGCAGAGAGAUCAGAGAUCCGCAAGUCAGUACUGAGCUGCACCCUGAAAAAAGAGGCAGAUGAUGAAGAAGAGGAGGAUGAGUGACUCCAACAUCAUUCUGACACUCUUGCUACUUGCAGUGUAUCUCACCUCUGGGAAGACACUGUUAAUCCCAAUACAGGUAGUUCUGUUACUGGGCUGAUGGAUUUCAUGACAGAAUAGAGCCCUCAAACUCAACUCUGGACCUCGAAGCCAGUUCUAUGUUUUUCAUUGUUCACCUCUAAUUAAGGACUGAUUUAGGUGAGUGCAAUUAAUUCAGGUAGAACAGAAAACCAGGAGGCUCCGGACCUCGCAGGUUAAGAGCUGAAUACCCCCUGGAAUAGAGCCUGGUGCUUCAAUGCAGCUGUUUGAGUGUGAUUGCAGAUCAGCUGUGAGCUCAUUAAAACAAAGCAAAUAAAACAUUGGACAUGUGUACAUAAAUAGUUUUGUUAUUUCUGCAAUGUGUAUAAUUAAUGUUACUUUCUGCACUGUUAUGUAUACAUUUUAUGAAAGCAAAAUAAUAAUAAUACAAUCUCUUCUAGCAAGCCAACCAUUAGCCCUUAUUCAUAACUCCAAUUCCAUUACAUUGAGCCAUUGGAUGGGCCAAAUGCUCUGUCUAAAUGCAAAUACACGUUAUACAGUUUUGGAAACAUUUGGAGCGUAUCUUUCAUAUACUGAACAAAAAUAGAUACAAAACAUGCAACAAUUUAAACAAUUUUACGGAGUUAGAGUUCAUAUGAGGAAGUCAGGCAAGUGAAAUAAAUUCAUUAGGCCCUAAUCUAUGGAUUUCACAUGACUGGGCAGUGGCGCAGCCUAUGCCCUCCCAGGCCCACCCACAUGGGAGCCAGGCCCAGCUAAUCAGAAUGAGUUUUUCCCCACAAAGGGCUUUAUUACAGACAGUAAUAGUCCUCAGUUUCAUCAGCUGUCUGGGUGGCUGGCCUCAAAAGUUCACGCAGGUGAAGAAGCCUGAUGUGCAGGUCCCUGGCUGCCGUGGUUACACAUGGUUUGCGGUUGUAAGGCCGGUUGGACAUACUGCCAAAUUCUCUAAAACAAAGUUGUUGUAGAGAAUUAAACAAUUUUGCAGCAGCUCUAGUGGACAUUCCUGCAGUCAGCAUGCUAAUUGCACACUCCCUCAACUUGAGAAAUCUGUGGCAUUGUGUUGUGUGACAACCGGCAAUUUUAAUUCCCAGCACAAGGUGCACCUGUGUAAUGAUCAUGCUGUUAAAUCAACUUCUUUAUUUGCCACACCUGUCAGGUGGAUGGAUUAUCUUGGCACAGGAGAAAUGCUCACUAACAAGGGAUGUAAACACAUUUGAGAUAAAUAUGUUUCUGUGCAUAUGGAACAUUUCUGGGGUCUUUAAUAUUAAGCUCAUGAAACAUGUUUUAUAUUUUUGUAAAGUGUGUGUGUAUAAGCAAUAAACAAUUUUUCAAUUACAAAAUA